GAGCUUCGAGGGCAUGGUGGCGGCGGCACUGCAGGCAGGCCAAGCGCUGCGUGGGCUCCGCCGCCUGGAGCUGGCCAGCAACCACUUCCUCUACCUGCCCCGGGCCGUGCUGACCCGCCUGCCAGGCCUCAGGCACCUGGACCUGCGCAACAAUUCGCUGGUGAGCCUGACCUACGUGUCCUUCCGCAACCUGACGCACUUGGAAAGCCUCCACCUGGAGGACAACGCGCUCAAGGUCCUUCACAAUGGCACCCUCGCAGAGCUGCAGGCCCUGCCUCAUGCCAGGGUCUUCCUGGACCACAAUCCCUGGGUGUGCGACUGCCACAUGACCGACAUGGUGGCCUGGCUUAAGGAGACCGAGGCGGUGCAGGGUAAAGCCCGGCUCACCUGUGCCUUCCCGGAAAAAAUGAGGGAUCGUGCCCUUUUGCAACUGAACAGCUCCGACCUGGACUGUGACCCAAUUCUCCCCCCAUCCUUGCAGACGUCUUAUGUCUUCCUGGGUAUUGUUUUAGCCCUGAUAGGAGCUAUAUUCCUCCUGGUGUUGUAUUUGAACCGCAAGGGGAUCAAAAAGUGGAUGCAUAACAUCAGGGAUGCCUGCAGGGAUCACAUGGAAGGCUAUCAUUACAGAUAUGAAAUCAAUGCGGAUCCCAGGCUGACAAACCUCAGCUCUAAUUCCGAUGUCUGAGAAACAUUGAAGCGGACAGCACAAGGACCACCUUGCAUGAGAUGUAGACCUUUGCUUUUUAUUCCGCAACUAGGCUUGCAGCACUCGCGUCCUCCAAUAUAGACACCACUGACUUUGACUGAAAGCAGUGAGGGGAAUUUACUUCCUUGUUAUGUAAAGUUUCUCCGUGUGUUCUGUUGAUGUAGAACAUGAACAACUGUGCAUAAUGUAUUACCCUCCUCCCGUUCCUUGGAACCCGUCAACACAUGUGGAGGGAUAUUUCAAGUUUCAGCAUGAACGUGGACUCCUGGCUGUCUGUUUCUUAGUGCAGUUCAAGAUCUAGGCAGUAUACCCAUGCAGAUAGUGCUCAACAAAAGCUGCCUCAACUUUUUUUUUUUUUUGAGAAAAAAUAUUCAUAAAUACCAGUUUUAUUUUCAUGUACCUAAAUUGUGGAGAAAACCAUUGCAUUCUAUCAACUGCCUGCAGACCUUAGCAAGCUCUUCACAUAACUCCUUAGAACACAGGAGCCCAUGCAUCCAAGAGCAUGCUUCAUUUUAUUGUUCUGCAUAUUACAAAAAAGUAACUUGCAACUUCAGAUAAUUACCUUUUUGAUUGCAGUUUAUAUGCAACUAUAUUGAAGUUUUGUGUUUUUUUUAUAAACUGCAUUGAGAUCCAACAGACUGAAUUGUUAAAAAAAAUCAAUAAAGGUUCUUAAAGAAUUAAUAGUUGUGUCCAAGUUUGCUAUUUGACAAAAUGGUUAGGGGGAAUAAGAUUGAAUAGUGGGAAUAAAUAAUUAAGCUGGUAACACAGUUAUGAAUUGUAUUGGAGCAGAGUCUUGUAUAAGUAGACUUGGAGAUGGUUUUAGAAAUGGUGAUCCUGUCAGGAUGUAAAUAGUUUGGAUAUCUGUGCAAAAUAGACUCCUUUUGGUCCAAAAAGAAAGGCUAUUCAUGAAAGAAAUUUGUAGGCACAAUAUAAAGUUGGUAAGGGUGACAAGUUCUAUGUGAUAUAAACAGGUCACAGUUUGGAGGUUUUUCUCGAUUAAUGGAAAUUAUUGUUAAGACAAAACAUAUUUACUUCAUAAGACUGUCCAUAUGAAAUUGUUUUAUGGAUGAUUUAGA